AUUCCAUCCGCGACGGUGACGUGAACAAUUUUGGGCUGUGGAAGUUCAGAAGCCGCCGCAAGGAAGAGGGACCGGAAGGACUCAGCCGCAGUUGAUCGUUGCAGGUGGCCGUUGUGAAAGAAGCAGGUACGCCGCCGCCGGGCGAUCGUGGCUGUUCCCAAGCGUCCGUCCUGUUACCCGAUAUCAAUACCAGCGUACCUGCUGCAACUGCUGGUUCUCCACGUUCUGAUGAACGGGACGCAAAUCUUCUAACCUCGAACGACGACUACCACAUCCAACAUCAUCAAUACCACAUACCGAAUUCGUCAUUCGGUCCAUCAAUACCACGAACACCUUUGGCAUCUCGACUCUUCUUGCUUACCUCGAGCUUCACUGGACGCUGCGACACCUCCCAAGUCAUCAGUGACGCUUCGCCUCGCACCUCGACAGUCGACCAUUUCGCACAGUCGUCGAUAUUCUCCUGAGGUGUCGAGAGGAGGGCGGAACCAAGACUCGAUUUUCUGGUUAUCUUCUCUCUUCGACCAUUCUCUCUCGUCUCUUCUUCUCUCUCCUACCUCAUCACUGCUGGAGAUUUCCGCCUUCGACGUCUUUUCGAACCACUGGCAAACACGUACUCUAGACUCCUGAGUUACCUCAGGCCUACAACAUGCCACCCAUGUUGUUGAAAGAGAAUUGUCGCAUGAGCAUUCGUCAACAGCCCAUGCGCGCUCAAGUCGUCCAGGAGAACAACCCAAAGAAUCGCAAGCCGAUCGAUCCUCCGCCGAUCAUAGAGCUGAAGUACAACGCUGAGCACGACCCGAUCAACGCCAACUGGAUGGUCAGCCCACGCACAUUCAUGAUGGUCACGUUGGUGGCAGUCAAGGACGGUCAAGAUGAACACGUACCAGGAAAAUACCUGAUCGGACAGACUGUGUCUUCGUUGCACAGGCUGAAGGACAUCAACAACAAGGACGGAGGGUUCUUUGUCUUUGGCGACAUUUCUGCGCGCAAACUCGGGACCUACAAGCUACGCUUCAGCUUGGAUGCCGAGGACGUUCACUUCAUGGGUGUCAUAGACACAGAUCCCUUCCCAGUGCUCCCACAGCGCGACUUUGGCAGCAUGUCCGAAUCUACACAUCUCACACGCACAUUCUCGGAUCAAGGAGUGAAGCUACGAGUGCGCAAGGACAAUCGUGCCAUCUCCGGAAUUGGAAACAAGCGUUCUUACAACACUUCGCCGCCAGACACCACUCCGCCAUCAACACAUCCAGGAACUUACGGCGGAGGAGCAACCGAUCACUACUCAGCACAUUCGCCAGGUGGGAAACGACAACGCUCCAGCGCAGACUACGAGGGCUCGCAUCUGUAUCAGCAUAUGCCGGUCGGCGAGCCUCCCAUGCCACACUACACCAGCGCGAUUCCAAGCGGCACACGAUCGUGGAGCAACGAGCAGCAACGCAUGCAUGGCAGCUACAGCCAGCAGACUCAAUCUCCCAUGAGCAUGCCAAUGAUGAAUCGCGUGCAACAAACAGUCAGCGUACCCGGAGCCAAUGGAUGGCAGACCAUGAACCAACAACAAACUGCACUUCCAUCGCCAUCGUCAAGCGGCAGCAAUCAGCAACCGUCAUAUCCCGCAGUCGCAGGCCAGCAGCAGCAACCCUCACUGUUCGGCGACCCUGGCUCAGCUGCAAGCGCGAUUCCUCGCCAGUAUUACAACAACAGCUAUCAGUACCAAGCUCAAGGCCAGUACCAAAAUCAAACCGCAGAGUCUCAAUCAACAUACCCGGAUCUCCAAAUGCCAGGAAGCUCGAUUCCGGAUUCAGGAGGUUUGGCUUCCGCUCACAACCAGGCCUACAGUUCAGGGUACAUUCAAUCGAAUGGUAGUCUGUACGCGAGCGAGACAGGCGAAGCACCGGCACCUUACGCCUACAUGGGAAACAGUCAACAUCAUAAUCUUUAG